AUGGCACAGUGGAAACACGGAUUAUGUAGCUGUUUCGAUGAUAUACCAACAUGUUUAAUUGGGUGUAUCUGCCCUUGUUAUUUAUUUGGUCAAAAUGCCGAACAAACGGAUGAAUCAAACAAAAUUACCUCGUGCGUAAUUUAUGCGCUGUCCCCAGGGUAUCAUAUCGGUUGUGUUGUUCAGAAACCUCAGAAAGCAGCACUUCGUGAUGCAUACAGAAUCGCAGAAGAAUCAAAUGGUUUACUUGUUACAUGCUGUUGUAGUGCUUGUGGUAUCCCAAACAGACAUUAA